AUGGAUGUCUUACGCGACGAUGUGGACGGAACCUUCGAAGGCCGAUACGUGUAUGGCGAUCCGGCGUACGGCUGCAACCGUUUCAUGAUCUGCCCCUUUGCGUCCCCGGCCGCCGACAGCAAUGAACGCCGAUUCAACGCCCGAAUGAGCAAAGUUCGCGAAGCCGUGGAAUGGAGCUUUGGCCGCCUCAAAAUCCUGUGGCCAUUCGUGUUUGACGACAAGAAGAUGCAAACAUCGCCGGGUCGCUACGUGACAUUUCCUCGACAGAUUCCGUGA